CAUAAUCAUGUAAUGCUUGUGCAUUUAAUAUAUCUUAAGAUGAGUUUAACUGUAUUGAGAUAGUACUCUUGUGGGUUAUUGAAGAGUAAUAGGAUAAAGAAGACUGUCAAUCAUACAUAGAUAUGUCUUCAAAACUCCUUAGCCUGCUGAAAUCCUUCGCAUUUUGUCUUCCCCUUUCUUCACCGUAUAGCAUCUUAGCGACGAUAGUUAUUCUUAGCGACGAUAGUUAUUCUGCGAUCAUAAUUUUCAGUACCAAUCAGUGACCAAGUGACGACUCCAGUGGCGGCGAAUUUGCUUCGAGCUUCAGUGCCUGAAGGCGGCAUCGCGACAGUCCGAAACUUUGAAUAUACCGGUUCAGACCUUGCUCCAUGAGAUUAUCUCCGGUUCACAAUUCCAAAAAACAAACCUCAAACUUAUUAUCUCCUUCAAUUUUCUCUUCCCUUCAUUCUCUUUUCUACUUUUUUUAACAAACGUAGCAUUAAUAUCUGCUUUUCUCAUGUCAAAGGGCCCACCAUUGCAUUGAAAGAUCCGCCUCCCCAAUGAAAACCCAUUGCUCUCUAUCGGUGUAAAAGUUGAUUAGUUUCAAGUUUGGUGUGUCUGUUAUCUCUAUGUGAGCAGACCAGAUGGGAUUUUAGUUCCCUCAAUCUUGAUUGAUUAUACCUUAGGAAAAUGACUGUCUUGCCAAAGGUUCUACUCUACUCAACUCUAGCAUGUGCACCUACACCUCGAUAUAAGAAAAAUGGAAGCACCAAUCCUGCCAUCAUCGCAAGAUCAACACCAACCAAGAUUGAAGCUACUAAGAGACGGUGAAGUUUCUCUCAGCACUUUUUUCAAACAAUUGAUGGGUCUGUUAUUUUUUAGUUGUUUCUGUUCUUUCUUUUCUUAACUUUCUUAAAAAAUCUUAGUUGUGUGUGCUAUGACAUGCAUAAAGAGCUUGUACCCUACGCUGAGGCAUGGUCUCUACAGAAGUCCAUUGUCAAGGAGCGAAAAGCAUUGGUCCAAAGAAAUGAAGAUUUUUCAGACAGCCUAAUUGUCCUGCAACACCAUCCGGUAUAUACUUUGGGAACUGGGAGUUCAGAAGAAUAUUUACAUUUUGAUCAGAAGAAUGCUCCUUUUGCUGUGUACCGUACUGAGCGUGGAGGUGAGGUUACCUAUCAUGGCCCUGGUCAGAUAGUGAUGUACCCUAUAAUGAACCUCCGUUAUCAAAAGAUGGACCUUCAUUGGUACCUGAGGGCACUCGAAGAGGUGGUAAUCCGAGCUCUGGCUUCAUCUUUUUCCAUUAAAGCUUCACGAAUUGAUGGCUUGACUGGUGUUUGGCUUGGUAAUGGAGAUGAGAAAGUAGCUGCGAUUGGUGUUAAGGUCUCUCAGUGGAUCACAUACCAUGGGUUAGCACUUAAUGUCAGCACAGAUUUAGCUGCUUUUCAGCAGAUUGUGCCUUGUGGGAUCAAAGGUCGUCGAGUUGGAAGCAUAAAGGAGCUUCUUUGUCCUCCUAAUGCUGGGGCUUCUUCUUCGUCAUGCUAUAAAACUGUAUAUGAUGAUUCUGAGCUUAUGGAUAUUGCUUACACUUCACUUGUUCAAAAAUUUUGUGAACUGUUCCAAGUUGACCUUUACUAUAAAUAAUAUAUUCACUCCUCCACCCCAAAUUUAAGAUUCCAUACACCAUCAUGCAGGUUAACUCAACUCUUUUUUAAUAUAUGAUUUAAUAUACUCUGCAAUAUUGGAAGAGGUAUGCUUCUUCGGGAGAGGUAUUGGUAUGGUCCCCCUCUCUUUUUGUACUUCAUUCCUUUUUUAAUAAAAUAACGGCAAAUGUUCCCCGGCAUUUGCCCCACCGAUGGGUGGUUUGCUUUCCGGGAUAAAAA